CGUUACGUCACCAAGGCCCCGCCCCCUUCGCCGCCGCCAUUUCUGUGAGGAAGGAAAGAAAGACCAAAGAAGAACGAGGGAAAGGAGAAUUCUAUGAAGCCACCUCUUGGAUGCAAUAAGGAAGCCAAUCAUAUAGGAAGAAGAAAUCUCCUCGAUGUGAUGUUCUUGUUGAAUCCUUGCUCUUACUUACAGAUAAAGAAGGGGGUAAAAGAGCCAAGUGUAUGCAUUUUUCCAAAGGAAUACGACAGCCAUAUCACUGGUGACAUGAAGGGAAAAGCAUUUAAAUGCCUGGAGUGUGGAAAGAGUUUCAAUAGGAAGGAUCAUCUGCAGCGACAUGAAAGGACUCACACUGGGGAGAAGCCCUAUGAAUGUUUGGAGUGUGGAAAGAGUUUCACUACGAAGGAUCAACUGCAGCAGCAUCAAAGGACUCACACUGGGGAGAAACCCUAUAAAUGCUUGGAGUGUGGACAGUGCUUCACUCAGAAUGCAAGUCUCCGUUCACAUCAAAGAACUCAUACUGGGGAGAAACCCUAUAUGUGCCUGGAGUGUGGACAGAGCUUCACUCGGAGUGCAUACCUACGUUCGCAUCAAUGGACUCACACUGGGGAGAAACCCUAUAAAUGCCUUGAGUGUGGAAAGAGCUUCACUCAGAAUGCAAGUCUGUGUUCACAUCAAUGGACUCACAAUGUGGAAAAACCUUAUAAAUGCCUGGAAUGUGGGAAGAGCUUUAUUCGGAGUUCUGCUCUUUAUUCACAUCAAAGGGCUCACACUGGAGAGAAACCCUAUACAUGUCUGGAUUGUGGACAGAGCUUCACUAAUAAAUCAAGUCUAGAUUCACAUCAGUGGACCCACACUGGGGAUAAACCUUUUAAAUGCCUUGAGUGUGGACAGAGUUUUACUCGUAGUUCAAGUCUACGUUUGCAUCAAAGGACUCACACUGGGGAGAAACCCUAUACAUGCCUGGAGUGUGGGCAGAGCUUCACUCAUAGUACAGGUCUACGUUCACAUCAAAAGACUCACACUGGAGAGAAACCCUAUACAUGCCUGGAGUGUGGGCAGAGCUUCACUCAUAGUACAAGUCUACGUUCACAUCAAAGGACUCACACUGGAGAGAAACCCUAUACAUGCCUGGAGUGUGGAAAGAGCUUCACUCAGAGUUCAGGUUUACGUUCGCAUCAAAGGAUUCAUACUGGGGAGAAACCCUAUACAUGCCUGGAGUGUGGACAGAAUUUCACUCAUAAUUCAAGUCUCCGUUUACAUCAAAGAACUCACACUGGGGAGAAACCCUAUAAGUGCUUGGAGUGUGGAAAGAGAUUCACUCGUAGUGGAAAACUACGUUUGCAUCAAAGAACUCAUACUGGGGAGAAACCCUAUAAGUGCCUGGAGUGUGGACUGAACUUCACUACUAGAUCAAAUCUACGUUCACAUCAAAGGACUCACACUGGAGAGAAACCCUAUACCUGUCUGGAGUGUGGACAGAAUUUCACUCAUAUUUCAACUCUCCGUUCACAUCAAAGAACUCACACUGGGGAGAAACCCUAUAAGUGCUUGGAGUGUGGAAAGAGAUUCAUUCAUAGUGGAAAUCUACGUUUGCAUCAAAGAACUCAUACUGGGGAGAAACCCUAUAAGUGCCUGGAGUGUGGACGGAAGUUCAGUGUUACUUCAUAUCUACAUAGACACCAAAGGACUCAUAUUGGGGAGAAAGCCUAGAAACAUAUGUUGUGUGGAAAGAGCUUCUUUGACUGUUCAAAUUUACAUAGACAUAGAAUUCACAUAGGAGAAAACAGUGGUAUUUGACCCCAAACACUCUCUCUACACAGCCCUUUCACACAGUCUUGUAACCCAGAAUAUCAAGGUAAAAAAUCCCACAAUAUCUGCCUUGCACUGGGUUAUCUGAAUCUACACUGCCAUGUAUUCCAGUUCAAAGCAGAUAAUGUAGGAUUUCAUUUAACUGUGUGGAAGGGGCCCAGGAUUUCCAAACUUUUCAUGUUGGUGACACUUGUUCAUCCUUGACAUAGUAAUUCAGUUUAACUAUCAUAGCAGAGGUUAAACCCAUCUCUUGGAAGAUUUUGAAUAUAUAU